AGGAUGCCAGUGCGGGUCACAUGGCUCCUCUCAACCAGACUUGAUGCAGUUUGCCAUUAAAAUGUUUUCAUUGCCUCCAACCUUCCUACUCUUCCACAUUUGAUGAUAGCACACAUAUAGACGCAGUUCCACUAACUUAACGAGGCUACGCUGCUGAGCGGAACUGACGGCGCUCCGGGUGAACAACACAACGGCGGUUAUUUUGGAGGUUGUUACCUAAAAGCGGCUCCUGUGUGGGCACAACAGGCUAGCUAACGUUCGUCAGGCCGGGACAGAACUAGCGGCGAGGAGGCCCCAAACGGCACAGGAACUCGGGGGGAAAAAAAUCAUGGCGAACAUCGCAGUUCAGAGGAUAAAACGGGAAUUCAAGGAGGUGCUCAAAAGCGAAGAGACAAGCAGAAACCAGAUUAAGGUGGAUCUGGUAAACGAGAACUUCACAGAACUUAAAGGGGAGAUAGCAGGGCCACCUGACACACCAUAUGAAGGAGGUAGAUAUCAACUAGAAAUAAAAAUUCCAGAGACAUAUCCUUUCAAUCCACCUAAGGUGCGGUUUAUCACAAAGAUCUGGCAUCCCAACAUAAGUUCGGUCACAGGUGCAAUAUGUUUGGACAUUCUCAAAGACCAGUGGGCGGCGGCCAUGACGCUGAGGACAGUCCUUUUGUCACUACAAGCUUUAUUGGCAGCUGCAGAGCCAGAUGAUCCACAGGACGCCGUGGUAGCCAAUCAGUUCAAGCAGAACCCAGAGAUGUUCAAACAGACGGCGAGACUUUGGUCUCACGUCUACGCUGGCGCUCCCGUCUCCAGUCUGGAGUACACACGCAAAAUAGACAAACUCUGUGCCAUGGGCUUUGAGAAAAAUGCAGUAAUAGUGGCCUUGUCGUCGAAAUCCUGGGACGUGGAGACAGCGACAGAGCUACUGCUCAGUAACUGAAUCUUGACGACAACUUUUACAUCUUUCCUCAUUUUCUCAUCCCCCGCCUCACCCCCACCUCUCAACCGCUCUCGUACAGCCUCCUCCAUAUUCCCGCCGUCUUUUGGCGUCUCUUCCCCGCACCGCACCUUCUGUUUCACAGUGGACUCCGCCCCCGCACUUCCCCUCUUCCCCCGCGUUCAUUGCCUCUGCUGUGCCACACUCCACAAUCACUUUGCUCGGUGAGCGAGCGUGCAUCCCCCGGUUCCCCCCCCGAAAAAGGUCAUUCAACAUUCCGCUCAGUGCUACAAAUCAUGACGUCGGACCACUUAAAUACGCCCACCCACGACCGACAUCGCCAUGUACGGCAGGCACCCAGCUCAGUCAGCACCUCACCCCCACCUAUGCAGUACAUGGACUUUUAGUUUGGAACACUUUUUUUUUGUAGGAAAGUGUGAAGCCAUUCAAUUAAGACUUGCCGUGAUUUGGUUUCCACACACCUGAAUAAAAAGGCAAAUUUAAUUUUAAUUAUCCCCCCCUGCCCCCCCACAAGACUACCCACAUAA